CGUUCAUAUAAAAGUCGUCGGAGGCGAGGAGUUGUUGUGGUGUAACGUUACUUGAUACGAUCGGAGUUACAACAAAGAUCGAUAUUAGACGUGAAAAAUGCUCAUGGAUUGGAAGAUCGUCGUUCCUUUGCUCGCGGUGGCAUUCAUCGUGGCGAGCGCCGAUGUGAUCUCGGGGGGCGUCAUGGACGCAGAUAUGAAGGACCAAACUACCAGAGACGCGCUGCAGUUCGCAGUGGCCGAAUACAACAAGAGAACAAACGACCUGUAUGUUUGGCAGAUGGCCAAGGUUGUCAAGGCUCAGAAACAGGUGGUAGCUGGGAUGAAUUACAUCUUCACAGUGCAGAUGGCCAGGACCCUGUGCAGGAAGGGAGGUUUGGAGAAGGACUGCGCUGUGCACCACGACCCAGCUGCGACCAACCAGUGCACCUUUGAGGUGUGGAGCCGCCCCUGGCUGGGAGCGAUCCAGUUGACCAAGAAUGACUGCCAGCCGUAAAGACCCAGAGGAGAGAGGACUUCGUCUAGUCUUCCACAUUACUAGUGCAAUGUAUUACUAAUGCUGGUCAACCUCUAUAAACAAUAAUAUAACUAAUAAUUAUCUUACUUUAUUCAUUCCCACACCAAUAAAAUAACUUUUGUCUUAAAUUUCGUAUUAAAAUAGUUUGUAAACUCUAUGCAAAAGUUGAACUAAAUAAAGAAAUGGUUUGGUACAUCGA